AUGAUAGUUUUCAUUCUUUUCUUGAGCUUCAUUACAAUUGAAACCACCCUUUUGCCCACGGAUCUUCUGAAAGGAUAUGAUAAGCGAGUACAUCCAUACUUCAUCAAUUAUCAGCCACUCUUGGUGAACUUCUCAGUUCCAAGUCUCAAUCUUCAACAAUUUUUCGGAACCCAACUAAUGGCCUCGUUUCUUUAUGUUGUCGUUGUGAGAUGGCAAGACGAGCGACUCCGUUUCGAUCCAACUUUUGUGCAUGUGCUCUUGGCCUGUGGUGUAAAGCUCAAACAAGACAGGAAGCCACUAACAGGGGGUGCAUACUAUAGUUGGGACUCGCCAGGGGCGAAUGUGGGCAGCGAAAAGCAUCGGCAUGUAGAAGUCGCCUGGACCGGCGGU